AUGGCCACGCUGCAGACGCUGGAAGCCUUUGAGGCCUAUGCGGCGGAGCUGUUUCCGCUGGUGGGCGCGGAGGUGCUGGAGCAGGCGCUACAGCGGCUUCUAAAGGGGAACGGCCACAAGGCGCUGAUCAGCCUGGAGAGCCUCGACGGACCUGCUGCGGUGCGGUGGUGCCUGGAUGGCCUGCGUCAGCCGCAGCCGUGGCAGCCCGUGGCGAGGGUCACGGUUCUGGAGGCGCUUUCCGUGGACGACGACAUCCGUCUGCUGCUGGAUGAAGCGCCGGCCUUGCUGGCCUUCGCGCCCGAGCCGGUGGCCAAGCGGUUCGGGCAGGUUCUGGUAAGCCUCCUGAGCGAGGAGGAAGCUGGCUCCUGGUUGAAGUCGCUGGGGCAAUGCGCAAUUGAGUCCCGGCAAUUCCAGACCGCUUCGGAGGGCACCUCUUUGGAUGGCACGGAGGCGUUGCGCGCCUACGCGCGGGGCACGGCGGCGGUGUUGAGGCAGUUCCCACGAGAGGCCUACUGCUCCGAUGCCUGGAGCAUUGCCCGCCAAGCCAUGCUCGGGGAUGCUGGGGACCGGCAAAUCUGCGUGCAGCAGCUGUUGCCAGACCUGGUGGCAGUUAGCGCCAGAGAGGUCGCAGCCGUGGAGAUCUCUAACAUGGUCGAGCUGCUUGGCACAGGACAGACAGCAGCUGCUGUGCGGGAGGCCUUGAACCUCGCAACUUCCUUCUCCGAGCUCCUGCUGGACUUCUGGAAACUUCCGUCACUUCAAGGAGAUCACAACACGGUGGGCGUGCGGCUGAUUUCGGAUGCCCUGCGUCUGGGGCAAAAAGACUGUGGCAGCCUGCGGAAGCAAGCGCGCUUCCUGCUGGAGUCAGCUGUGCAGAAGUCCUUGGUUGCUGCGGACGCCGAGCAAUGCUUCCAGAGCACCGCGGGGCAGAGCCUAGCUUCGACCUCCUCAGCGUGGAGGCUUUACUGGGAGCUCUUCGAUACUUUGGAGGACUACUCCAGCCACUUGAUCAAGUCCUCCUGGCAGGCCUUGAGCUCGCGUCUGGCGCAGUACCUUGCAACGCUGCCAAAGGGCUCCGAGCUGCCGCCGGCGGUUUUGAGCCCCUUCUGGUUUGAAGUCUUCCUCUUGCGAGCGCUGGACCACGACAACGACACCGUGCAGAAGUUCGUGCUGGGCCAGCUCAUGUGCUUGGAUGAAGCUGCCUGCCUGUCUGAGAGCUUCAUCCUGACGGAGGUCCUGCCAAGAUUUGGCCAUGGCAUUGACAGCCUCUACCUGCGGACUGAUGUGGAGCGAACCUUCGAGCGGCAGGCGGUGCGUUUCUUCAGCAACUUCCUGCGGGGUGGCAAAGCAGCGAGGCUACUGGAGGCGCUCUUUGCGGUCAAGGCGGUGCACUUCACUCCGGUGCGUUUGGUGCUGGAGGCCCUGGCAUCCUCGGAGUCGGGGGAUUUGGAGCCCGCGCAGGCCCUGGACUUGGCCCAGAGGUUUUUCAGCAGCGAGAUGCUGCUGCGUAUGCCGAACAGCGUUCGGCAAAUGCUGGCAUCCCUGUUCCUCCGCGUGCUUGUACGCCUUUGCGUGACUUCUAGAGAUUGCCCAGAAUCAGGGAGCCUCGUGGCCAAAGUUGCCACGACCCUGGCUGUGAUUCCAGACGCAUUGCUCGCUCCUCUGCAAAGUCUUCUGGGCAGCCUGGUGCAGAGCUGGCUGCAGCUGGAUGCUGACGCAUCGGCGGCCUGUGCCGGGAUGUUCCUCAAGGGCCUUCUUUCAGCGGAAGAUCAGACCAAACCCAUGGAGGCGUGCCAGCAAACCUUGGGCCUUGUGCGCUUGCUCUGGGCGCUCCAGGGCGAGGCGCUCUUCCUUCGCCUGGUGUGUCCCGUGCUCGCAGAGGCGGUGCGAGACAUGCACCGCCGCAGCUACCUGCCCCGGCGGGUGGCGGUGUGCGCGCUGCUGCUGGCAGCCUACGGGGCGCAGAUGCUGAAGCAGGACAGCGACAUCAUGGACAGCAACUGCUUGGAAGAGAUCCUGUCCUAUGUGGAAAACCAAGCCAUGCUCGCCAUGGGUCAGGGCAGGCCGGAGGCGGUGGUGCAAGAAGCGCCCUGGGUCUGGCUCUACGCUUUGGUCCUUGAGAGGUGGCACCCCCGCCGCGCAAGUCAGGUGCUGCCGAAAGCUCUGGAGAAACUGCGGAGAGAGGAGCCGCGGGAACCCGCAGAAACGUUGGGCCUCGUGGCAGCUGCUUCGCUCUUGGGGGCUGUGGCCCAUAUGGCAGAGGAGAAGUCCGCGGCCUUCCUGGCGCUCCUGCGGUUCCAGGCUCCUGGCAAGCCCUCAGGCGUCGUAGAUUCGAGGUUCGGCAUUGGAGUGAAGGAGGAUCUGGGGCAGUGGCAGCGGAGUCGCUUGGAGGAGUAUGAGGACCUCCAACGAAUCCAACACGAAGGCCUGGGCCGAGUACAGGAGUGGCGAGAUGCCUCCUCUGUGGUUUUGGUGGCGAAGUGGCGUGCAUUGGCGCAGAUUGUGCGCUGCAAGGACUUCGAAGCACAAGAUCUCGGCCCAGAGGUCGUGGCGGAGGUGUUAGAGGAGUUGGACUCACUGCAAGCGCCCCACGUGGCAUAUUGGGCAGUGGUGGCGCGCCGCCUCUACCCGCUGUACUUUGCGGAAGCGGACGGCGAGAAGCAGGACAUGCUCGAGCGGCUCUGCCGAAGUAUUCGUGGCUUCAUCUCUCAGAGCGUCGGAGAUGGCGCGGUGUACAUGGCCCGGGGCUGUCUGCUGGAGCUGGCGGCGGCGCUCUGCGACCUGCGCCAGGCCGAGGUCCGACUGAAGUCCAGCUCCGUCACUCAAGCAGUACGUGAGCUGCUUGCGCUAGGCGAACUUGGAACAGGUGUCUCCCGCGCCGUCGUGACCCCCUUGCUGUCCACCCUCCUGGCCGAAGCAACUGCUCCGGAUUGCGAGGAUGGCGCACGGCAAUCGGCGGCAGACUUGCUCACAUCGCUGCUGGUGCACAGCGAGUACACCAUCAAGGACGGCGCGCUGUGCCACAGCGCGAAGCUUUGCGCAGGCGCCCUGGAUCCUUCCGGCCCCGCCGGGGCGGCAGCGCUCCACGGCGCCGUGGACGGCGCGGAGAAGCUCUGCGAGAAGUUCGGAGGCACGCCCGCGCUGCCGCGGAUCCUCGCGCUGGCGGCGCUGGACGGUUUGGCCCAACGAUCCCCAGGUGUCAUGCCUGGCAUUCUGCGGGAGAUUCUGACAAGGCUGUUGGCAAUGCUGCGAAAAGAGCUUCAGUCCAUUCUGGACAGGCCGGGGGGCGCCAACAAGCCACUGACGCCGAUGCCCUUGAGCCCGGUGCACCGCCUUCAGCUCAGAGGCUGGCAGGCAGUGUUGAUCCUGGGCUGUCACGCGGAUGACGACACCGUGGCCGAGCUGCUGCCGGAACUCUUUUGGCACCUCAGGACGCCUCAUUUGCCCGAUGUGCGUGACUAUCAAGAGCUACUUGGCUGCGUCCUAAGUCGCCGCUUCCAAGACCUGGCGGUGAAGCACUUGGUAGACUGUCUCGCAGUUUAUGAUUGCAACAACCAGGUCAGCGCAUCUCUGCUCGUGAUCGCUUCCUUCCUCUUCCUCCACUGGUCUACUGAAGGGUCGCCACUGGCGGGUCAGCUUCUCAAAGCGGUGGCGCCCUAUCUGGGCCACAACUCGGCCUACGUCCGAGGCACCGCUGCCUGGGGAUUCUUCGAGCUCAUGGAAGCGGGGGCAAGCAAAGAUCCGAUGCUCGUGGAGCUGCACCGUUUCCUCGUGAGCAAUCGCGAGUGUCAGAAGAUGCGCCGGCGCCUCCGCCCAGUGUUCCAGGCCUACGACACCUCCAAGUCCGCCUUGGAGGCGCUCACGGACCUCGCGGAGGUCCUGCCGCGGACCUCCGACGCGGCGAUGCUGCAGCCGCUGAACAUCUUCGCCGACGGCGACUUCAAGCCCUCGCAGAGCUUCUUGACGCUGGUGAAGGAUGAGGUGGCGCAGGAGAUGGACGAGAUCUUCGAAGAGGAGGAUUUCACCCAGUACGCUUCGUCCUCCGAGCACUGGCAGGAGGCUCAGAUGGCGGCUCUCCGAGUGCAGCUUGCCCCAGGGGAGGAGCCGGAGCCCGCACGCGUGGAUGCUGCAGGCGGCGUUUCCGGCCUGCAACGGAAGUUCGUGCCGCCGGCCCCGCCGCGGCUGCAAGGUGCAGUGGGCCCUGCUGCCCAGCGUGCACCGUUGGUGGUCAUUGCUUCCCUGGUGGACAAGAUCCCCAAUCUCGCCGGCCUCUGCCGAACCUGCGAAGUCUUCCACUGCGAAGCUUUGUGUUUGCCCAACCUGAAGGUCACCUCAGAGCAAGCUUUCCAGUCCAUUUCCGUCACGGCUGAGAAGUGGUUGCCACUUCGUGGAGUGCCACGGAAGGACUUGAGGGCGCAGUUGCUGGAGCUGCGGCACAGGGGGUACACACUGCUGGGAGUGGAGCAGACUCACACUUCUGUGCCACUGGAUCAGUGGGAAUUUACGGAGCACACGGCGAUCUUGCUAGGCGCAGAGAAGGAGGGCAUCGACGCGGAGCUGCUGCCGUUGCUGGACGGCUGCGUGGAGAUUCCGCAGCAGGGCCAGCUCCGGUCGCUGAAUGUCCACGUCAGUGGCUCCAUCGUGGUUUGGGAGUAUGUCCGCCAGGCGCGACGACGACAUUGA